ACGAGCCGCGGCGGCGGCAGACACAGCCCCGGAGCGGAGCGGAGCCGCGCCGCGCCGGGGGAGGCGGCAGAGGAUGGAGGAGGAGAUGCAGCCGGCGGAGGAGGGGCCGAGCACCCCCAAAAUCUACAAGCAGCGGGGUCCCUACAGCGUCCUGAAGACCUUCCCCGGGAAGCGGGCGGCGCUGGCCAAGCGCUACGAGAGACCCACCAUGGUGGAGGUGCCCCGCGGACGCGGAGCGGGGCAGCCCUUCCCGCACGCCGCCGAGCCGCUGCCCUACGCGCCGCACGGCCCCUUCCCCAGCGGGCCUGGCCGCCCCGCCGCCGCCCCCGGCGCUGUCCAAGGCCACCCGCGACCGCCGCCGGCCCCGAGCUCCGCGGCCCGCUACGGCCCCUGCCCGGCGGCGGGCGGCGGCGCGGAGCUGAGCGCAGAGAGUCGAAUGAUCCUGGAUGCCUUUGCCCAACAAUGCAGCCGGGUUCUAAGUCUCUUAAAUUGUGGUGGAAAACUACUGGACAACAAUCACUCUCAGUCCAUGAUUUCUUGUAUAAAGCAGGAAAACCCAAAUUAUAGUGAAAGACAAGAGCAAUGUCAGCUUGGGAAGAUGGUCCAUAGCCAGACGUCAGACAUUUUAGACAUAGAGAUGCAGUACAUGCAAAAGAAACAGCAAACCUCAGCCUUUCUGAGAGUUUUUACCGAUUCUCUUCAGAACUAUUUGCUUUCUGGGAGUUUCCCUUCUCAGAACACCUCAUCAGUAAAUGAUUUUAGCCAUUUGGCAGAUGUGGAUCCACUUUCAACCUCUCCAGUACACACUUUAGGUGGAUGGACAUCUCCCGCAACAUCUGAAUCUCAUGGUCACCCAUCAUCUUCUACACUUCCAGAGGAGGAAGAGGAGGAAGAAGAAGAAGGUUACUGCCCUCGGUGUCAAGAGCUAGAGCAGGAGGUAAUUUCUUUGCAACAAGAAAAUGAAGAACUACGUAGAAAGUUGGAGAGCAUUCCAGUGCCCUGCCAGACCGUUCUAGAUUAUUUGAAGACUGUACUUCAGCACCACAACCAGCUUAUGGUACCACAGCCAGCAGACCAUCCGACUGAGGGGAGCAAGCAGUUGCUGAACAACUACCCUGUCUACAUCACUAGUAAACAGUGGGAUGAGGCUGUAAAUUCUUCCAAGAAAGAUGGACGACGGCUCCUUCGCUAUCUCAUCAGAUUUGUUUUCACAACCGAUGAGCUUAAGUACUCAUGCGGCCUUGGAAAAAGGAAAAGGUCAGUGCAGUCAGGAGAGACAGGUCCUGAAAGACGUCCUCUGGAUCCAGUAAAAGUAACAUGUCUCAGAGAGUUCAUUAGGAUGCACUGUACUUCCAACCCAGACUGGUGGAUGCCAUCCGAAGAGCAGAUUAACAAAGUAUUCAGCGACGCAGUAGGACACGCUCGUCAGGGGCGUGCUGUGGGGACUUUCCUUCACAAUGGGAACUCCUAUUACGAAGGGACUGACCACCCAGGAUCGCAGGACGAGGUCUUCAAUAGAGGUAUGCAAGACGGAUCUGGCGAUUGAUGGCAGUGAGAACAACUUCAUCCAACAGUAGCAACCACUUGAUUUAGGAGAGACUAUUUGUUAAACAUACUUACCCUGCUGUCAUUUAAGAGUCCAAAGCAUGUUUGAACACAUACUGCAUACAUUUCAGCUUUUCCAUCCUACCACGUCACAGUUAACAGAAAUCCAUUUCAGGACCUGCUCUAUUGGACCUCUCAGUGCCUAUUAUUUGCAAAUCCUUCAUAACACCCUCAAAGGGAAAUUGCAGCUCAUUUUGUCUAGUUUUAGAGGAAAGGUCAUUUAAAAACCAUAAAAGCGUCAAAAGAAACAGCAGCUACUAUCUCGUCUGCCUCUUGAUAACAAGCCCAGGUCUGGACCCAGAACAGCUGGGUACUAUUCGCUUUCCCAGAGUAGGAAAUGUAAGAACAAGUCUGUGUGCUUAUAACAAAAACAGAAGUGGUCUCCCAUUUCCGAACUGAGCAUAACACAAUUAUAAAUGCUACCUUAAAACACUGCACAAGAUGGAAAAUUUGAGGACUUCCUUUAGCCAACGCUGCCAGGAAAUUAAGCUUCCUGGGUAAAACAGCAGCGCUCGUCAACAGCAGAAUCCUUCAAAGACCCAGAACAAUAACAGGCACUUCUAAUAGAUAAAAAUUGCUUUGUAUAUCAGAUAGUCACUAUAUUUAUCUAGAUUUCUAGGGGAUUAGAGCUGAUCACGACAGUUUUCAUUAAAACAAGAUUGCUAAAAACAAAUUGCCAUUUCAAAAGACAGGUUUUGCUUUGUCUGUUCCUGUUCUGCAGCCAUAUUAUGUAGCUUUAGAGGCUUUAAAUUGCCUUUUCCCGGUUUGCUUUCAUUUAUGUUUUAUACCCAUUCCCUGAAACAGAUGAGGCAAUGCGUUGGUCUUAAGUCAGAUGCUCAGUGUUGCAUUCAGGCAGGGCUUGGGUGAGAAGAGUCUGGUUUAUGCUUCUGCUAUAAGUAAACGUGGGGUUCCAGAGUUAGUAGGACAGUCCAGAGCUGUAAGAGAGUAGCCGUGCUGAAGCAGAAUUUGCAAUGGCACAGAAUUGGAAACCAAUAACUAUUAAAAAAAACACCCAAAAUAUCAGUCCACUGAAAACCUUUCAUUUUAAAGGCUUAGGAGUCCAUUGUCCUUCUAAAUUGAUGCACUCCAGAAAUAUGCAAUGCCAAAGAAAUUAUAUCCUUUCCUUUCCACAUCAGGGUCUUUUCAUCUCCUUACUCUUGUCCAGUUGCUCGGGCCCGUGCUGGCAUCCUUCACAGCCUGAACCAGCUCUCCUCAAGGCACCAUUUCUCUGUGGGCAGGUACAGGGAACUGGCUUUUGGAAAGAAAGUUCACUUCACUUUUGACCAUCCUUAGUGCUACCUCAUCAGCGUUGGCUCUCCUGAACGCGUCUCUCAUACUCCCCAGCUUUCCUAACUGCCUUGUGCAAGUCACAAAAGAAGCUACUAAUAGCUCCUUUUACCCUUCUCCUCUCCUUCCCUACCUUCUCCACAUGUGCCGGGCAGGGCAGGAAGCACCCAGUCCCUUCCUCAAAGAUCAGGAAGGACCCUCUGGGGUCCUUCAGCUCCAGCCUGAGCAUGGGUGCAGGACUGAGGCAGUCAAAGGUCAGCUCACCUCCAUCCUAGUUUCCUCCCGCCUCUUGCCUCCUCUCGGCCUGCAGCUGCAAGUGGUACAUGCCUCAGGACAUGGGCUGCACCCUGGCCUAGACAGGAUGUCGCUCAGGCAGGAUACACUUUAGGCCCUUAAAUGUCCGAUACCUCUCGCUACGUUUUGGUGAUUUUUAAAAGGGAGUUGUGAAAGAGGCGCGCUCGCCCCAGAAUAACUCGUUUAUUUUCCGAAAGCCAACAAGUAGUUUGGUCACAUGGGACCUCAGCAGGCCCAGGGGUUUGGGACAGCACAUCCCUCACUACAGGCAGGAGACGGCUUUUCUUUCAGCAGUUGCUGGUGUGUGGUGGUGGCCUCCAGAGGAGAAACUCAGUGUAUAGAAAUGUCACAAUGGUACAAAUGUCCUAUAGUAGCUUUUCAGUGUUGAACUUACACUUUUUUUAAAAGAACUAUAAUAGAUGAUGUUACAUUGCUCAGAUGGUGUAAGUCUUGCUGGUCUAUGUUUAAUGUGGUGACAUUUGCCAGAACUACUUGGUAAAACAUGUCAGAAUGUGUGAGUCAACAUUAUACUGUAAAUUUGUCCAUGGCGAUAUGUAUCAAUGCUGUAUUUUUGUAAAC